UAAAAAAUUUGUGUCUCCCACUAGAAUUACAUUUUAAAAAUGAAUAUUUUACCGAAGAAAAGGUGGCAUGUACGUACUAAGGAAAAUAUAGCACGUGUGCGACGGGAUGAAGCAAAAGCUGCAGAAGAAGAAAAACUUAAACAAGAACGAAUUCAAAAAGCGGAAACUGAAGCAAGAAUUAAUCUUUUGAGAGAAAAAGCCAGAUCAAAAUAUGAUGGACGAACAGAAGUAUUAAAAAGUGAAGCGGAUGUUAGUUCUUCGAAAUGGGAUCAUGUAAAUUUUUUUGCUGAACUUGAACAAGGGAAACUUGAUUAUAACAAACCUAAUGCAGAACAUGAAAAGGAGAAGAAAGAAGAAAAAGAAAAGUAUGAGAAGCAGAUUGGCUAUCUUUCAUACCUUGGACAAGACACUAAUGAAGCAACAGGUAAGAAAAGUUGGUAUGAAGAAUUACCUGAAAGAUUGAGAGACAUAGAAAAGGAUGUAGAAGUACAAGUUAAAAAGAAAAUAUUAAAUGAUCCCAUUCAAGAUGUAAAAAAGUAUUUAAAUAUGAUGGGAUCUGGCUCCAUUGAAAACUCUUUAAAAAUUAAAACAGAAUCUGUUAAAAGAAAAGAAGAUGAUUUGGAUGAAAGUAAUUCAGAUUAUAAAAGAUUUUUGAAAAAACACAAACACAAGAAAUCUAAAAAACAUAAAAGAGAGCGCCAUAGAAGUAAAGAAAGAAAAAAUAUAGAAAGACCAAAUAUAGAAAAAUUAAGAGCAGAGAGAUUGUUGAGAGAACAAAGUGAAAAAUUAAGAACAGAAGCUUUAUUGGCUAAAUUGAGAGGAGAUCCAGUUCCAACAGUAGCUCCAGAAACUCCUUCAAAAUCUACUAUCAAACAAAAAUAUAAUUCGCAAUUCUUUCCUGAAAUUGCUAGGCAAAAUGCUGAAAGAACCCCUACUGUAUAUCCAGCGAAAGAAAUAUAAAAAGUCAAUAGGGGUUUUAUUUUAAAAUAUAUAUAUAUAUAUAUAUAUAUUUGAAUAGUGUUGUAGAUUACAUACAUCUAAUUACUAGUAUUAAUGUAAAUGAAUUGUUAAAUAUA